CGCUCCAGCUGGCCAAUCAGAGCUCAGCACAAACUUUCCCAACUCCCUCACCAGCUGUCAAUUCCCCCCCACCCUGCCAGCUGUUCCUCCCGCCGGCGCUGGAGAGCAGGGCGAGGCUGUGGCGGGGUCUCGAGCAGUCUCCUCCAGUUCCCGAGUGCAGCCGGCCGACGGAGCGCGCUGAGCCGGUGGAGUCGCCGCGCUCCGCUGCGGCCCGUUCCGGUCGCUUGCCUUGCGUGUGGGCCCCGCGCGGAUGGGGAGCGGCUGGGGCCUGGGCCAGCCGCGGGCCGGCCUCUGCCUGCUCUUGGCUGCGCUGCAGCUUCUGUUCCGGACGCAGGCUGCAGACCUGGUGGAUGUACUGAAGGCUCUGGGCGUGCACAGAGGCCAGGCUGGGGUCUCCGAGGGGCCUGGCUUCUGCCCUCAUAGGGCCCCAGAGGGAGACCGGGCAUUCAGGGUGGGUAAGGCCAGCACACUGAGUGUCCCCACGUGGGAGCUCUUUCCAGAUGGACAAUUCCCUGAGAACUUCUCCGUGUUGGUCACUCUGCGGGGCCAGCCAGCCAGCCAGUCCAUUCUUCUGUCCAUUUAUGAUGAGACAGGUGCCCGGCAGUUGGGACUGGUGCUGGGGCCGGUGCUGGGCCUCCUAGGUGACCCUGUUAGUCCCCUUCCCCAGCAGGUCAACCUCACAGAUGGCAGGUGGCACCGUGUGGCAGUCAGUGUGGAUGGCAGAAUGGUGACCCUGGUUGUUGACUGUGAACCUCAGCCCUCCAUGUUGCACCAAGGACCUCGAUCCAUCAGCACAGCUGGACUCACUGUGCUGGGGACCCAGGACCCGGGGGAGGAGGCUUUUGAGGGAGAUAUUCAGGAGCUGCUGAUAUUCUCAGAUCCUCAGGCUGCCUUCCAGGCCUGUGAGCAAUACCUUCCUGGCUGUGACAACCUGGACCCCUCAGCCACAGCAGCCCCCCAGGAUGAGCCAGAAACCCCUCCCCCUAGACGGAAAGGGAAGGGGAAGAAGAAAGGGCGUGGUCGCAAGGGGAAGGGUAGGAAGAAGAAGAACAAGGAAACUAUGACUUCGAGUCCAACUUCUGCCUCCCUGGAGAACCAGACCUCUGCUGACAUCCCCACGACAGCAAUGCCGUCCCAAACUCUGCCUCUAACCCCCACGUCUCCUUUGGUCAUCACCACCACUGUGUCUACUGCUGACAUCCCCACGACAGCAAUGCCGUCCCAAACUCUGCCUCUAACCCCCAUGUCUCCUUUGGUCAUCACCACCACUGUGUCUACUGGCCACAAUGUCACCAUUCUAGAGGGGGGUCUGGACCCUGACAACGGAACAGAGCCAGAAAGCCUAAAGACUGAGGCACCCAUGGAGGAUGAGGAAUCAGGUAGCCUCACCAUGGGUCCCAUCUUCCGGGCAGUGGAGCAGCCAUCAAGGACCCAGUUCGAGAUCUUUCCUGUAGCUGGAGAGAAGGGAGCAAAAGGAGAGCCAGCAGUGAUCGAACAGGGGCAGCAGUUUGAGGGGCCUCCAGGAGCCCCAGGACCCCAAGGGGCGGAUGGCCCCUUGGGCCCUCCUGGCCCUCCAGGAUUUCCUGGGGACCCUGGCCUACCGGGCCCUGCUGGCCUCCCAGGGACCCCUGGCGUUGAUGGGAUCCGGGGUCUACCAGGCACUGUGAUCAUGAUGCCGUUCCAGUUUGUAAGCAGCUCCUUCAAAGGACCUUCAGUCUCCUUCCAGCAGGCCCAGGCUCAGGCAGUACUGCAACAUGCUCAGCUCUCCAUGAAAGGUCCCCCUGGUCCAGUGGGGCUCACUGGGCGCCCAGGCCCCAUGGGUCUCCCUGGGUAUCCAGGUCUGAAAGGAGAGAUGGGAGAAAUGGGACUACAGGGUCCUCGAGGCCUUCAGGGCCCCCCUGGUCCCACUGGCCGAGAAGGCAAGAUGGGCCGCUCUGGAGCAGAUGGGCCUCGGGGCCUCCCAGGGGACACAGGACCCAAAGGUGACCGAGGGUUUGAUGGCUUGCCAGGGCUACCUGGUGAGAAGGGCCAAAGGGGUGACUUUGGCCAUGUUGGGCAGCCUGGUCCCCCAGGAGACGAUGGUGAUAAAGGAGCACAGGGACCUCCAGGGCCCACUGGCCAGGCUGGGGAGCCGGGUCCUCGAGGACUGAUUGGCCCCAGGGGCUCCCCUGGCCCCCCAGGACGCCCGGGUGUAGUUGGAAUUGAUGGUGCUCCAGGUGCCAAAGGAAAUGUGGGCCCUCCAGGAGAACCAGGCCCUCCAGGACAACAGGGAAACCCUGGGUCCCAGGGAAUUCCUGGACCCCAGGGACCCAUUGGCAUUCCUGGGGAGAAGGGUCCCCCUGGGAACCCAGGAAUUCUAGGUCUCCCAGGAGCUGAUGGCCCUCCGGGUCACCCAGGCCAUGAGGGCCCCAUGGGAGAAAAAGGGGCCCAGGGUCCACCAGGGUCAGCAGGCCCUUCGGGCUAUCCUGGACCUCGGGGUGUGAAGGGCACCUCUGGCAACCGAGGCCUCCAGGGGGAGAAAGGAGAGAAGGGAGAGGAUGGCUUCCCAGGCUUCAAGGGUGAUGGGGGGCUUAAAGGUGAUAGGGGGCACCCCGGACCCCCAGGUCCUCGGGGAGAGGAUGGCCCUGAAGGGUUGAAAGGGCAGGUGGGGCUGGCUGGCGAGGAGGGGCCCCCCGGCUCAGCUGGGGAGAAGGGCAAACUUGGGCUGCCGGGUCUCCCAGGUUACCCAGGACGCCCAGGCCCUAAGGGAUCUAUUGGGUUUCCCGGGCCUCUGGGUCCCGUAGGAGAGAAAGGAAAGCGGGGGAAGGCGGGACAGUCAGGGCUGGAAGGAGAGCGAGGACCACCAGGUUCCCGUGGAGAGAGGGGGCAACCAGGUACCACAGGGCAUCCAGGCCCCAAGGGAGAUGUGGGCCAGGAUGGGGCCUCAGGAAUCCCUGGAGAAAAGGGCCUCCCCGGUCUGCAAGGACCUCCCGGAUUCCCUGGGCCAAAGGGCCCCCCUGGCCCCCAGGGAAAAGAUGGGAGACCUGGGCACCCUGGACAGAGAGGUGAAUUGGGCUUCCAAGGUCAGACAGGCCUGCCUGGACCAGCUGGUGUUGUGGGGCCUCAGGGAAAGACGGGAGAAGCGGGGCCUCUGGGUGAGAGGGGGCCCCCAGGUCCACCUGGACCUCCUGGUGAACAAGGUCUUCCGGGCCUGGAAGGCAGAGAGGGGCACAAGGGGGAACUGGGACCACUGGGACCCCUCGGGAAGGAAGGGCCACCUGGACCCAGGGGCUUCCCUGGGCCCAAAGGAGCCCCUGGGGACCCGGGACCAACCGGUUUGAAGGGUGACAAAGGCCCCCCGGGCCCCACCGGGGCCAACGGCCCCCCUGGUGAGCGAGGUCCUGUGGGCCCAGCAGGAGGCAUUGGACUUCCUGGCCAAAGUGGAGCCCAAGGCCCUGUUGGCCCUGCAGGCGAGAAGGGGUCCCCAGGUCAACGUGGUUCCCCAGGCCCCACUGGCAAAGAUGGGAUCCCAGGGCCUCUGGGGCUUCCUGGACCCACUGGAGCUGUUGGGCCUUCUGGCGAGGAAGGGGACAAGGGUGAAGUAGGCGCCCCUGGUCACAAAGGGAGCAAAGGUGAUAAGGGGGAUGCGGGCCCACCUGGACCAAUAGGGGUACGAGGUCCUGCAGGACACCCAGGCUCCCCGGGAGCAGACGGAGCUCAGGGACGCCGGGGACCCCCAGGUCUCUUUGGACAGAAAGGCGAUGAUGGAGUCAGAGGCUUUGUGGGGGUUAUUGGCCCCCCUGGCCUGCAGGGGAUGCCAGGCCCUUCUGGAGAGAAGGGGGAGGUUGGCGACGUAGGGCCCAUGGGUCCCCAUGGACCUCCAGGCCCACGGGGCCCCCAUGGACCCAGUGGAUCAGAGGGCCCUCCAGGGCUGCCUGGAGGAGUUGGUCAGCCGGGCGCUGUGGGCGAGAAGGGUGAGCCAGGGGAGCCUGGAGACCCAGGACCCCCAGGAAAACCAGGCAUCCCGGGUCCCAAGGGAGAAGUUGGUGAAAAAGGGGACUCAGGCCCAUCUGGGGCUGCUGGACCCCCAGGCAAGAAAGGACCCCCUGGAGAGGAUGGAGCCAAAGGGAGUGUGGGCCCCACAGGACUCCCAGGAGACCUAGGACCCCCAGGAGACCCUGGCACUUCGGGUAUAGAUGGCCCCCCAGGGGAGAAGGGAGACCCUGGUGAUGUUGGCGGUCCGGGCCCACCUGGUGCUUCUGGGGAACCGGGCCCCCCUGGGCCCCCUGGCAAGAGGGGUCCUUCAGGCCGCAUGGGUCAAGAAGGCAGAGAAGGGGAGAAAGGUGCCAAAGGGGAGCCAGGCCCUGAUGGCCCCCCAGGGGGGAUAGGCCCAGCUGGGGCUCGAGGGCCUCCUGGGCGUGUCGGGCCUGAAGGUCUACGAGGAAUCCCUGGCCCUGUGGGUGAACCAGGCCUCCUAGGACCUCCUGGACAGAUGGGCCCUCCUGGCCCCCUGGGCCCCUCUGGCCUUCCAGGACUGAAGGGAGAUGCUGGCCUUAAGGGGGAAAAGGGCCAUAUUGGAUUAGUUGGCCUCAUUGGUCCUCCUGGGGAAGCUGGUGAGAAAGGGGAUCGUGGAUUUCCAGGCGUGCAGGGCCACCCCGGCCCCAUGGGAGAUCCUGGUCUCCCUGGCCCCAUCGGCUCCUUGGGUCACCCUGGGGCCCCUGGUGUGGCAGGCCCUCUGGGACAGAAGGGAUCAAAGGGGUCCCCGGGAUCCCUUGGUCCCCGAGGAGACACUGGCCCCCCAGGGCCUCCUGGGCCCCCGGGUUCCCCAGCGGAGCUGCACGGGCUGCGUCGGCGCCGGCGCUCCGUCCCGGUCCUGGGGACACCGGAGGAGGCCUUGGCGGGCGGCAUGGAGGAGGUGCUGGCCUCGCUCACGUCUCUGAGCUUCGAGCUGGAGCAGCUGCGGCGCCCGCCGGGCACGGUCGAGCGCCCGGGCCUCGUGUGUGGCGAGCUGCACCGCAACCACCCGCACCUGCCGGACGGGGAAUACUGGAUUGACCCCAACCAGGGCUGCUCGAGGGACGCACUCAGGGUUUUCUGCAACUUCACGGCGGGAGGAGAGACCUGCCUCUACCCGGACAAGAAGUUUGAGACCGUGAAACUAGCCUCCUGGUCCAAGGAAAAGCCAGGAAACUGGUAUAGCACAUUUCGUCGAGGGAAGAAGUUCUCCUAUGUGGAUGCUGAUGGGUCCCCGGUGAGUGUGGUACAGCUGACUUUCCUGAAAUUGCUAAGCGCCACUGCACACCAGAGCUUCACCUACUCCUGCCAAAACUCAGCCGCCUGGCUAGAUGAAGCUGCGGGUGACCAUGGCCGUUCCCUCCGCUUCCUCGGGGCCAAUGGGGAGGAGCUGUCCUUCAACCAAACGGCAGCGGCCAUCAUCAGCAUCCCUCAUGAUGGCUGCCGGCUCCGGAAAGGACAGGCGAAGACCCUCUUGGAGUUCAGCUCUUCUCGAGUGGGAUUUCUGCCCCUGUGGGAUGUGGCGGCUACUGACUUUGGCCAGACAAACCAGAAGUUUGGAUUUGAGCUGGGCCCUGUCUGUUUUAGCAGCUGAGAGUUUUGGGGGUGGGACAGACAGUGAUGGAGCCCCAGAAGGGGCACAUUUGGUGCUGAGGCUUUGAAGCCACCAUAUUUAUCGUCUCCUGUGACUGUGGAACCAGGAGAAGGUCUGCUCGGUAUGGUCAAAAAGUAUUUCUUCUCCCUUCCAGGGGGAUGGGGACUGCACUCUUCUGGCCCAAGGAUCCACCCUCCCCACCUCACAGGUGGCAUAAGUGUAACCUGGCUCUUUUCCCCCUCUAUCCCAACAUAGCCCUUGACUCCCCACACCUGUGACUCCAUGCAAUGAACUUCAAACUCAGAGCUGAUGAAUGCCCCCCAUGCCUGCCUCCCCUCUCCUCAGUCAGUGCCCUCGAUGCCCGGUGGUGCUACCCUUCCCCAUAGUUAAGCACUGGAUGUCUCCUGAUCCCAUCCCCCAAGGCUGCGAUCCCUUCGCUCAUUCCUGUUCCCAGGUUGGGUCCACAGUGAAGGGACCAAAGUCAGACUAUAGAGGGAAGUGGGACUUCCCCUGGCUGAGCUGAGGUCUCCUUCUACUGCCUUAGCCCAGCUCUGGAUACUCCGCUAUCUGCCCAAGCUCACCUUGCCAUGCCAGGUGGUUUGGGAACCAAGAUGGUGGAGAUAAAUCCGGAUCCUAAUGGUGCUGCCCUAUUUAUACCUGGGUUUAACACAAAGGGAAAAUCCCCUAUGUUGUGUAUUUAAUCUGCUUCCUCCUUAGGGAGGGCUGGGAUAUGAUGAGAGAAUUCCAGCACCCCUUCACCCCAGGCCAUAGGGCAUAAUUGGCAUCUCAAGUCUGAGAAUAAACCAGUGAACUGUG